CGCACCUGCGCUAAUUUCAGUUAAAUUGAACCCUGUCCACCGUGCACAGAGCAAAGCUCACAGUCAUCUGGUGUUGACGGUUCACAUGGCUGAAUCGCGGAGGAUUCCGUUUACCACGUUGUCUUGUGAUAUCGCCUUACCUUCGUCCUCCCUAAAGCCGGCCUCGGCCCCGAAGAAGCCUCCUCCAGGUGUUCCGCAGGUGAAAGAAAGCCGCUCAGACACCGGUACAGUUCGGCUGGUGCUGGAUUUGUCUGAGCCUGAUGAGCGGACUUUCCCGGAGUUCAACUACAGUGAGCUCGUUGAAAACAAGGUGCAAACUUGACCAUAUGAUAGGACAAAUGCGUGUGUUCCUUCUCCUGUAAGAUUUGUGUUUCUCCUUUUUUAGAUUAACUGUUUAAAAGCUGAAAUCCCUCCCAGCGGAUUUGAAGAGGAGGAAAGGAGGGAGGAAGAUGAGGUGGCUGCUAUUGCAAGGAAGCUGGAGGAAAAAUAUGUAAGAGGCCCAACAUAACAGAUUUUGAUACAACUCUGAAACCAUAUUUUUGACUCAAACCUCAAAUAGUUUUCAGUAAUAGGCAGAAUUUGUUUAUUGCACUGUGUCCUUACAGGGUGGCAAACCUAAGAAAAAGAAGGACCGCAUCCAGGAUCUGAUUGAUAUUGGAUAUGGAUACGAUGAUGAGGAUUCUUUCAUUGACAACUCUGAGGCCGUGAGUCAGUUUUGGCAUGAAUUGAAAUUAACACAGACUUCAUAUUACCUCAUGUUUCUUUUACUUUUUCCAUUUUAAUUUCUGUCGCACCAAUUUGACAUUUGAUUUCAGGCCUACAUUUCUGCUUCUGUCCGUCUGUCUGGUUUCUGCAGUACGAUGAAUUCGUCCCGGCCUCCAUCACAACCAAAUUUGGGGGAUUUUACAUAAACUCAGGCGUGCUGCAUUUCCGGCAGGUGUCUGACACUGAGGACCUCACACAGGAUAAGAGCACACCUGAGCUCUCAAAGGUAAGCCUUGUGUCAAAUGUCCAGUCCCAGAACCCUCUGAGAGUUAGACUUAGACUUUUGUCAUUCAGUAUGCAGCAGUUGUAUAGAGAACAAAAUUUCACCUCAUGUGUACGGUUGAUGAAGUUAAGUACUGUUCUGAGCAUUAUUUGUGGCUAUAGAGUGGCGUUUUGGUCGAGGUUUGUUUAUGGCUCCUCAGACCGCUGUGUAUUGCUAUCGUGCGGUCGUUACUAAAGUUGGUAUAACUAGAGAAGCAAGCUGUCGGCAACAUUCAUCUUUCGACAGGGUGUCUAACUCAGUGUUAUGGUGUGUUUGACCCUAAAUUAAUUUUACGCCCAAAUAUUCCUUUUAAAUGUAUUCAACAUGUUCAAACAUAGAAACGCAAACUAAAUGGCGGUAGAGACAAACCGAAGAAGAAGCCGUGCAGGGAAGACAAGGAGGUGAAAAACACUGACGACCAGAAGUCAAGGUGAGGCUGACUUGAAGUGGUUUAAUCUCAUCUCAAAUCAGUUUAACACAAACGGUGAAUAAUCCUCACAGGCGUGUUUUGUUUCCUUUUCAGCGCUUUGUCUGAAGUUAAGCCAGGAGACGAGUUGACAAAGAAGAAGAAGAAGAAAAAAGCAGCCGGCACACUGAGCGUGACCAGCAUGUUGAAGAAGUUUCAAAGAGAGAAGGAGAAGGAACGACAGGAGAUGGCGAGAGCCAAUCAGAGGGCAGCAGCCAUCAGAGGUGUACCCACAAUCCCUCUGUGCCCAGCUGAUGCAGCAGGGGGUGGAGGUUCAGGGCUGACCGACCCUCUUCUUAGUUUAAUCGGAUCGACCAAUGACCAGACUCUGAUUCAGGCUGCCAACACGAUGGAUUUUGUCAUCGAUUUGGACUCUUUACUAGAAGACAGUGAGGAGUCUUCAAAAACGGUUUCUCUAACUGCAGCAGAGACGCAGCCUUUCCAACCAAAAACUGACGACCAGGCUCAGUGUGAGGCUGCGCAUUCUGGAGCCCAAACCCUGAAGACUGAGUCAGAACAAACCCAGCUCCCACCACAGACCAGUUCUACCUCAGCUCCGAGUGUCCCGCUGCCAGAGGGACUGUCUGCAGGCCUGGAGGGCAGCAUUCGAAAACUCGUGGUGGUGAGGUGACAUUUAAGACGUGAAGUGUUAAUGAUUUUAAAAUCAAAUAGAAAACUACAAUAUUUUUCAGGCUGCCAAGACCUCGGAGGGCGAGUCAAAGCUUAAGUUCUUCACUCCAGAGAUCAACUCGAUCCUGCUCGAGUGAGUCACUCAGCGACACUGACAACAACUUCUUAAGCUCGGAACACAACAACAAAUGUCCGGCGCUGCAUGUCGUCCACAAAUAACAUCAGAAGUUGUGAGAAAACAGAAACUUUUAUGUAAAUGCAACAUUGAUCUAGGGCUGCACGAUUAAUCGCUUUUAAAAUUCUAAUCGGAUUUUUUGAUUCUGAAAAUGUUAAAAAAAUCGAAAUCAUCAAAUCGAUUUUCCUCUCUAUCACUUCUCACGCCUCCAGGCCACCGUAGGCUCCCCCCUUGGUGCAGGAGCACUCUAAACAGUACUUUUUUAAAACAGGUCAGAGAGUGUAUAAAUCCGUGAGCGACGACCAUUUCAUCUCCAUGUGAAUGUCUAUCUGCAUCUCUGGAAACAAUCAUGUGACCCACAGUGUAACUUUUUUAUAGUGCCUGCAUGUGUCUGGCCAAAACAACCUUUUAUACACAUGCUCUGUACUCUUCUUCUGUCUUUUGUGAAUUUCCUGUGCAGCGUUACAGCGCCACUUACUGUCUUGGCAUAUGAACUACAUCGUUUUCAGUGGUUUUGUUUUGAAAGAUGAUAGAAAAACUUACUUUUAAAGUGAAGUUUGGUGAAGUUGUUGCUGAAUAAAAAAUCGAAAAUCGAGUUUUCAGAGUAAAAAAUUGGGAUUUAAAAAAUAAAUAAAUCAAAAUCCUGCAGUCCUACAUCGAGCCAGAUGUUUAGCCGGCAGAUCGCUGACACAGGAAAUGACGUCAUGACCAUCUCUGAGCUCUGUCUUGUGGAUAGAAUCUGUUUUAUUAGUCUCAAAGCUUUAGCUGUCUACAGAGGUUUUGAACGCAUUUAUUAAGUUCUCGUCCAUCUUCCCUUCCUGUCCUCUUCUUCUAGAAUUGAGCUGCAGUGUCGGGAGCAGGGUGGUCAGCUGCGCUCUAAGGUGUACUCUCACCUGACGUCCUUCCUGCCCUGCAGCAGAGACACACUUCUCAAACGUGUGAAGAAACUGUUCGCUGCACACACAGUAAGUCUCUUUCAUUAAAAAAUGAGUCCGAUUUUGCAAAUGACUCACUCCGUUUUUUCCUCGCUGAUGAGGAGGGGCCGCCCAAUGUGGAGGACCCUGUUCACAAACUUAAGGAGGCCAUCGGUAAAGCCAUGCCUGAGCAGAUCGUAUGUUUCCUUGAGAAGUGUCAAGCAUACGAACAAACGAAGACUUCAAGGUUAGUCUGUCAGUGAUGGUUCAACUUUAAAACAUAUUAUAUCGCCUUUAACGUCCCUAAAAGUUUCACAUCUUCAGUUGUGUUCAUGUCCCCGUCAGGAUGACAGUAGAAGAAGGAAACCAGGAGGUGAAUGUUGUCCCGGAGGAGAAUGUGGAGGAGAAAGGAGGCAAAAGAGGAGGUCCAAAGAAGUUGUUCACGUGGAACGAAGAGAUCAGGUGAGAAAACGCUGAAGAUGUGAGAGCGCUCACAGAAUCAGGUUUCACUUUCUGUCCUCCACACAGGGAGUGCCUGUGUAAUGUGUUGAAAGCGAAAAUGGAGGGAUAUAAAAAAGAGAAGACAGGGAGCCAGGAGAUGGAGGAGUACCUGAAGACCCUGCUAGACAACGAGGUCAAACCUCUGUGGCCAAAAGGAUGGAUGCAGUCAAGGUAUCUGUGCAAAUUCAGAAUAAAAUCUCAGAUUUUGAUCGUUUUUAAAGUCACUCGUUUGUCAACGUUUGUCUGUUCAGGGUGUUGUUAAGAGAGAGCAAGAAGAUUCUGGGCCCGUCUGCAUCUUUACUGUGAGCACAAACCCACCAUCUUCUAUUUUCAUCAGUAUGAAUCUCUGGAUGAUCCUGUGUUUGUUGUUUAUUUUGAUGUCUGACUUUAACUCAGAGUAAAGAGGGCGAGGCCUGAGAAGAAGCAGCAGUCUUCGGUCUGCAGUCCCUCUGAUGUCGGGUCGGGUAUCUGCAGGGAUGUCCAGGAUCCUCCUCUUCAGUCUAAAGCAGCAGAUGAGGUCCUCACGAUGAGCCCGGAUAUCCUCACUUUUUUGGCACUAGAUGGUCUGAAGAAUGAGGUCCCUGCAGAGUCAGACAAAUCUCCAGUGACCACCGCGUCUGCUCCCACUGCAUCACUCCUGGACGUCCUGGCUGAUCAGGGCGUGGCGCAGGGGCAGCCUCUCUUUGCGUCACAGGAGCUUUUGGCGGCAGCUUUAGCAAAAUACCAACAUUCAGCUCGACACAAGAGCUUCAGCUUCGACGCCAAAAGUCCCGCUCUUCCUCCGCCGCCUCCUCAGACCAGCCCUGUGCGUUUCCCUGUGGGCGGGGUGUGUCAGGGGGUCGUGCCUCAGAUGCUGCAGAUCGGAGACUUCGCGAGGAACUUGAACGCCGGACAAGCUCUGAACGUCUCCGACUCUGACACGACGAUUCAGUGAUGAAUCCCGGAGCAGACCUACACACAGUGAGUUGUUUUUUUUUUGUCUUUCUUUGCAAACAAACACACACACACACACACACACACACACACACACACACACACACACACACACACGGUCUACUGCAAGGACGGUCUCCGUCAGACUUUAAUUUUGACUUCAUUUAAAAAUGAUUUUCUUUUUGAACAAAAUGAAAACAUCUCAUUUUUCUUCUUUAUCUGCAAACUAAACACAGAUUCCUCUGCAGAUGUCAACUGUGCCAUCCUUUUUUAUAGCAGAUAUGGUAGCAAACUCACACCUUAAAUGCAUAAGUAUUGUUAUUUUACAUCAUACCUAUUUCUGAAUUAUGGAAGCGUAUUGCGAUCACAGAAAAAAAAAAUGUUUUUUAGAGUAAUUUUUCUGUUUUUCUGAAUAUUUUUUCCCUUUUUUUUUUAGGACAAUUUUUUUAGUUUCUGUUUUUCGGAAUAUUUUUUCUCUGUUUUUUAGACAAAUUUUUCUGUUUUUCAGACUUUUUUUUUCUUUUCCGUUUUUUCAGACUAAUUGCUUUUCCUAUUCUCGGGGUUAUGAUCAUUUGAAAACAGACACUUUUAUCCCCCUCUGUUCAAUUUAUUGGAAGCAAACAUAACCCACUUGUUUAGUUUAAUUGAGUUUUACUUUCUUUUGGGUUUGAGAUACUUGGAGAUACUCUUUUCUUAAAGUCAAAUCGAUGAAAUCGUCAUAAGUUUGUCUACUUUGUGUUGGCACCCCAGGAUUUGCAUACCCUAUGUUUAACUAAUAACACGCUUUACUCUCAUUGACCCGGUAGACGACGUUAUCGAGGAGCUGGAGAAUUCGCAGGUUUGGAGCAGCUGCGGUGGUGAAUGUUAUCUGAUUUUAUAAGAUUCUGACAGGAUUUUGAAGUAUCUCCUUUAGUCAGGAAAUAAAAUAGGCCAAAAAACAGAAAGACAGAAAAAAAUAGCUAGAAAAAUAAAAUGAAAUAAAAAAUUGUCCCAAAAACAAACAAAAAAAAAAUUAGUCCAAAAAACUGCAAAGAAAAAUUAAUUACUCUAAAAAACAGUUUCCUUUUUUUAAUACCCUUCCAUACUGAGUGGACACUUUCUAUUUUCUAGUUUCAAAUCCUCAUUUCAGCUUCAGAUCUAAAGUUUUUCUUCUCUUUCCAGAUGACGAGCUAUUCCUCAGAUAAGGACUGGACACCUGACUGGAGACCACCUCUUGUUCUAUCAAACAAGAUGAGUUAUGAAUUUUAAUAUUCGUAAUAAUGAAACAGAUUUUGAACUUUGUCCAACCAGCAGUAGUUUCUAAGCCUGUCCUAAAUCUGAUAAAUUAAUAGUCGAGUAAAGAUGUGGUGUGACUCACGGAGAGGAAGGAAGCACUUUAACAGAGAAAUCCAACAUCCCCUAAAAGGAUUAUGUGACUACUCUGUGAUUAUUGAUGUGUAUCAGUGUGUAAUGUCAAUGAUUUACUGAAAAUUAAAAAAUGAUAAAGAGCUUUAAAA